ACCUUAAAAUUGUCCGGAUACCCGAUCCGAGGUACUACUAUGUUUAUGACGCGACCUAUAAAUAUGAACGCACUAAAAGAGAAACAACAAAUUAGUACAAACUUAAUUUCAUACUAUUGACUUCAUCAACCCACCCAUCUCACAAGCACAUUUUAAAUACAAUAGCUCAUAUCAAACCCAAACACGGCAUGAUUAAGGGAGAAGGUGUUAGUGCCUUAGUGGUACUUAUAUUUUAACAAAGUUGUCAGUUUAAACUUUUUUUUUUUUGAAUAAAAUAAAUAUUGAAUGUAAUUUAAAAUCAUCAAACCAAUACAAAUAUUUUUUACUAAAAUAUAUAACUAAUAAUGUUAGGUAACAUUAAAUUAUUACUAUAAUUUAUAAUCACUAACAAUAAAAGUUAACUCUCAUUAGUCCCUUUAUAAAUCCGAGAUGUGUUUUGAUGAAAGCACAGAUUUAUAUAUAGCUGAUAAGUGAGCAUUUAUCAUCCAAUAGCCAGCUCCCUUCAACAAAAAAGAAAAAGCUCUAACGCCCAAACAAUAUUUAAUGGCUGAUCAGUCAGAACCAUUGCUGUUGUCUGCCGAUGAUUCCGACGUCGACCACAAAACCAGACCAGAAGCUUUAACUUUCGACAACAUUGUCGAACAGAGUCUAUCAGAUUUUGGGUUCUGGCAACUCUUCCAGGUAAUCCUCGUUGGAGUCGCUUUGUUCUUCGAUGCUCAGCAAAUAUUCAUCACCGUUUACACAGACGCAUACCCCACGUGGCACUGUCUUAACCACACGAUCUGCGAUCAUUCCACUUCCGACAUCUGCCGGCUCCCAAGAUCAGCCUGGGAAUGGGACGGUGGCUCCAAGGACAAAACCGUCAUUUCAGAUUUUGGACUCGAGUGCUCGAGCUCAUUACUCAGAGGUAUGCCUACCUCUGCUUUCUACAUCGGUGGCAUUGUUGGUGGAUUCGUUCUAGCUUUAAUCCCAGAUGAUUCCUUGGGCCGCAAGAAACUAGUAUUGUUCUCAACCUUUGCAAUGUCAAUCACUUCAAUCUCUGUUAUUUUCUCAACCAACGUAUGGAUCUACACAACGCUAAAGUUUAUCAUCGGUUUCUCGAGAUCACAGACAUGGUCAUACGCGCUGGUUCUCAUCAGUGAGCGAGUCUCCACCAGAUGGAGACCGAGAGCUACGAUGAUUCCAUUUACCUUUUUUGUUUUAGGGUUUAUGUCAUUGUCUGGAAUCGCCUUCCUUGCUCAACACUCUUCAUGGAGAUUUCUGUAUCUAUACACAGCCGUUCCCGCAAUAUUCUACUGUAUCUUCCUCUACAUAUUCGCACUCGAAUCACCUAGGUGGCUUCACAUGCAAGGAAACGACGAAGAAGCUAUUAAUGUUCUCAAAAGCAUGUCAUCCAAGAACAAACCCUACUUGGAAUCACUAGUUUCUCAGUUACCUCCGGAGCAAGAAACCUCUGAAGAACUGCCAAGGUACUCUAUUAAGGACUUCUUCUUCCGAAAGUGGGCUUUUCGGAGGAUUGUAGUUGUUAUGAUCAUACUGUUUGGGUUGGGAAUAUCAUACUAUGGAGUUCCAUUAGCCGCUAGAGAUAUAGACGUCAACAUCUACUUGAGCGAAACCCUAAACGCAGUGGUGGAGUUGCCUACUUUCAUUAUCACUCCGAUCAUAUUAGAGAGGUUCAACAGAAGAAGCUCUGUUCUAGUGAAUACCUUACUAGGUGGAGCAUCGGGAGUGCUAUGUUUCGUUCUCAGCCUUCUAGGAAAAACAGGAAUCGCGUUUGCGUUUGAGCUAGCGACAUUUUUCUGUGCAAGAAUCGGAUUCAACCUAAUGGCGGUUUAUAUGGUUGAAAUGUUUCCUACUUGUGUAAGAAGUUCCGCGACAAUGAUGUUUAGACAGGCUCUUGUCGUUGGAGGAGCUUGUUGUCCGCUCAUUGCUUCCAUUGGGAGAGAUUUACCAUCAGUAUCCUUUGCGAUUUUCGGAGUUGCCAUGUCAGGUUUUGGAUUGUUCGUUUUGGUUCUACCCGAGACAAAAGGUUCAAGCCUCUGUGAUACAAUGGAAGAACAAGAGAAGAGAGAUCAAACCAUAAACACUAGCCAUUGUUGAUGAAUUUAGAAGUUUAGAUUAUAAAUGCUCUAUCUUUAUAUGUUUUCAAAUAUUUGUGGUGUCUGUGUUGAUGUAAAAGACUUAUAAGAAGUGAGUUGAAGUUGAAGUA